ACGAACGGAGACAACACUUUUUUUGGUGGCAAGCCAAAAAAAAAUUGCUUGUCGCACGUAAACGAUAACGAAACGGGGUAAUAAUAAACGACAAGCUCCCAGAACGAUGCCCAUACAUUGGGACUGGGACUGGGACUCACACCAUUACUGGCAUUGGCCGCGCAUAUGGCGUACAGACCUAGGCUACCACCUGAAAUGUCCGAGCCGACGCCGAUAUUGGGGCCUUGGUGCUGUAGAUUUUGAUAUGUGCGCUGGAGACUGGCAUGUACACCACACUGACAGACCGUGGUGUCAUAACUCAUGCCUGGCCAGUUCUGUGAUCAUCGAAACGGGGGAUGAGCUAGACACCAACGGUAAGGGUACCUUCAAGGUUGUCAUUGAUGUGCAUCACUUUCGUGCCGAUGAGUUGGUCGUGAAGGUAAAAAAUAGCGAUAAUGUGCUGUUAGAGGGCAAGCAAAAAGACGACCGCGCUGACAACACACCACUUUGCAUAACUCGUGAAUUUACGCGCAAAUAUAAACUUCCACGCAACUACGAUGCAACACAGGCGAGGGCAAUAUUAUCAAGCGAUGGCAUUUUAACAAUUAUUGUUCCUGCACCACCGCCUCUGGAUGAUGUGGAGCGCGUUGUCGACAUCGAGCAAACAGGCUCCUACUUCGGUGCCACUGCAAAGGACACGAAAGCCAUAGAGAGCAAUGACGACCAGAAUUCAGAAAACAAAACUGCCUGAAAAUCAAAUCGAACUGCUGUCAAAAGUUAUAGUGUUUUGCAGAAAAUGAAGUUUUGGAAAAGGCGUUGAGGGAAGAAGGACAGCAGUCGAAGCGAGUAAAAUAAAAAAAUUAUUAAUAACUAUUAAAUUUUUAAAAAUGAUACGUAGUGAGGAGUUUAACGCAUAAAUUUAGCUAUGCGGCACCAUUUAAACUAAGCACACAUACGCUAAUCUGUUAUUGUAGCAACACAGCAAGUUCUAGCGCUUCAGGCCCAAAAGUAAUGCAGUUAUACUCACAUAAAUAUAUGUAAAUGCUAUAUAAUUAGAUUAUGAAACUGACAGAAUUUUUUUUUUAACUAUAUAAUACGUUUAUAAGUGUAACUUUAAUAAAACAUAU